ACUUGGUUUUGUUCCCCUAAAGAUCUUCCGCGCUGGGGUUUCUCCGUUGCCGGCUUCAUCGGUAGGUUUUGCUUCCAAGGUCGGUUCAUCUGGUCAUCUCUGAAGGGCUUUGAUCUCACCACAAGGGUUGGACUUCUGUUUAGAUUUUUGGACCGGAGAUGCCUCCUCGACCGGCGAAGAAGGGUUCGGGAGGGUCAACGGGGGCGAGAAAGACGGCGGCUAGGACGGCUAAGGGGACCCUGAAGGCCAAGAACCAGGCCGAGGUGAGCGAGGAUCGCCCCAAGGUGGAAGAGCCCCGCGCUCCCGUUGAGGAGGUGAAGGAGGAGAGCAAGGUCGAGGAAGUCGUCGUGGAGAAGACCGUCCAGGAGAGGCCGGUCGUGUUAGAUUCCAGUCAGAAUGACCCUGAAUCGGUGGAUGUUGAAUAUGAAGAAGAUGUGAAGGAGGUUUACUCGGAAGAAGAUAAAAAUGAAAGGUUAGAGUUGGAGGACAAUGAACCAGAGUAUGAACCUGAAGAAGAUACUGCUGUAGAUUAUGAUGAGAAGUAUCCGGAGAAUGAAAUAAUAGAAGAUGAUGUUGAUGAAGGUCAGGAGGGUGACGAGGGUGAUAUGGUCGAAGAGGAAGAAGUUGACGUGGGUGAUGAGGAGAUUGAGGAUGGUGGAGAAGAUUUAGAAGGUGAAGAGGAAUUUGAAAAUGCGGAGGAAGACCAGAUUGAUGCUGAAGAAGAUCACCAUGAAGUUGUUGAAGAGCAUAGAAAGCGCAAGGAGUUUGAAGUAUUUGUUGGUGGCCUAGAUAAAGAUGCUAAUGAAAACGAUCUCAAGAAAGUUUUUUCUCAAGUUGGUGAAAUUACUGAAAUCCGGCUUAUGAUGAACCCGAUAACAAAGAAGAACAAAGGGUUUGCAUUCCUGCGUUUUGCUACUGUGGAGCAGGCAAAGCGUGCUGUUUCAGAGCUCAAGAAUCCUGUGGUGAGAGGUAAGCAGUGUGGUGUUGCUCCAAGUCAAGACAGUGACACACUCUUUGUGGGUAAUAUCUGCAAGUCAUGGACAAGGGAACAUUUUAAGGAGAAACUAAAAAGCUAUGGAGUUGAAAAUAUGGAAGAUUUGACGUUGGUUGAAGAUACCAACAAUGCAGGAAUGAACCGUGGUUUUGCGUUUCUGGAGUUCUCAUCACGCUCUGAAGCAAUGGAUGCUUAUAGGUGCUUGCAGAAGAGAGAUGUAGUAUUUGGAGUUGAUAGGACUGCUAAGAUUGCCUUUGCAGAUUCUUUUAUUGAGCCAGAUGAUGAAAUCAUGGCACAGGUUAAAACUGUUUUUAUUGAUGGGUUGCCUGCCGUAUGGGAUGAGGACCGUGUAAAGGAUUACCUGAAGAAAUAUGGCAUAAUCGAGAAAGUAGAGCUUGCUCGCAAUAUGCCAGCUGCAAAGAGGAAAGAUUUUGGAUUUGUUACUUUUGACUCCCAUGAUAAUGCUGUUGCGUGCGCUGAAGGCAUCAAUAAUGCUGAACUCGGGGAAGGUAAUGACAAGGUUAAAGUUAGAGCUAGAUUGUCAAGACCACAUCAAAGAGGUAGAGUGAAACACGAUCCUCGGGGAAUUUUUAGGGUUGGCAGGGGAGCUCCUCGAGGUGGCCGUGUGCCUUAUGGUCGCCCUCCACCUCGUAGAUUCCCAAGUUAUGCCCCUAGAUCAAUUAUUGCUCGUGGUAUGCCAAUUGGUGGUCGUGGAUUGAGGAGACCUUUUGGAUAUAGAGAUAGACAUUCUGUGAUGGCAGUAGCAGAGAGGGCAAGACGAUUGCCGCCACCUGAGAGGUCCUAUGACAGAAGACCACCUGCACCAGUUGCUCCAUACCCAAAGUUCAGUGCUAGGAGGGACUACGGUAGGCGUGAUGAGCUGCCACCUCCUAGAAACAGAGCCAUUGCUGAAUAUGCGUCCAGAGUUCCCACAGAGAGACACUUGUCUUACAGAGAUGAUUACUCCCCCCGAGGGCCUGGUUAUAUGGAUAUUCCAGCACGCAAUGCUUCUCGCCCUGGUGAUAGACGAACUUUCAUUGAUGAUGGUUAUGAGCGAAAACUUGAAAGGCCUGUCACUACUUAUCGAGAAGGACGUAGCCGAGACUAUGAUUCAAUUUCUGGAUCAAAACGUCCUUACUCAGAUCUGGAUGACACUCGUUAUGCUGAUGUAAGUCUACGUCAGUCAAGGGCUCGCUUGGAUUAUGCUGUUAGUGGCAGUGGUUCUCAGUAUGGAGAUGCUUAUAGUGAUAGGCUUGGUCGGUCUCAUAUGGGGUAUAGUGGUAGUCGGUCUUCAGUUUCUGAUCAUGAUAGUUUAUAUGGGAACCGUCAGGGAAUGACUUAUGGUGGAGGCUCAGUCAGCGGCAGUGGUGCUGGUGGAAUGUACUCGUCAAGCUUCAAUGGUGGCUAUAUGUCCCGUGGUUCUGAUAUUGGUGGUGGCUCUUCUUCAUCUGCAUCCUUCUAUUCUGGCCGUAAUGUAAGCGGAAGUGGAUAUGUAGGUGGUGGUGGGUCUAGUUCGUACUACUAAGUUGGAUUAGUUAUGUUUAUCAUCUGAUCUGAAGUAGUUAUCUUCUAUAUGGAGCUUUAUGACCCAGGUGUUCUUGUUUAGAUUGAAAAUGGCAGGUAAUGACUUUGAUUCACAUCCUAUUAUUUUUUAUUUUUUAUCCAUCUUAUUUUGGUAAAAUUGACUUUUGUGCAAUUUGGAGUAAUUUUAUUCAGGUUAUUUAGACCUAGAGGACCUUGUUCUGUCUUUAAGUAGCAAUGAACUUGGUUUCCAUCUGAUUUUGCAGCACCAUACAUAUUUUAUAUCUACCGUGUUCAGUUCCCUUGUAUAGCCACUUAUUAGUGUAAAUUUGUUGGCAUUUUGAAGCACUCCCAGGUACUUCAUAGUUUGUAAUGAAUUGUGUUCAAAAAACUUAGAUGGUUUACACCAUGUGGAUACCAAAACCGACACUAGUGUCGAUACUCUGAGACUGCUACACCACUGAUCUAUAGGGUGGUAUACUGACCUGUUGCCAUUGUGACAAAGAGAAUGUGUAUAUGGUAGUACAAAACUGGUAUAGUACUUAUAUUCGAUAAAUAUCGGUUUUUAUGUUCUGGUCUGACCAAUAAUUUAAACCAUUGUUUACAGAAUUAUAAUAAUGAUUCUAAAAUUUAAGAACCUAAUCAAUAUCUAUGUAAAUUACUAAAUUUUACAAGAUGAUCGACAUCACAAUUUAUGUUUUUGAUGUAUUGAUUUCUUUAUACUCUACUAUUGUUCCAAACGGGAUUCUCAGAUAAUGUGUUUUAACUGCUAACAGUGAAAUGUCCUGUGAAUGGGAAAUGCCAUUAUUGGGUAGUGGGAUGAACAGUCUGAAAGGCUCAUUAAUAGACUAACUUGAGUAAUUUUGAUGGUUGAUGAAGAUGGGAAUGAAUUAUUUUGCAAGUAUUUUGGAGAGUAUCUUUUGGCAGAAUGCAGUUGUUUAGGAAUAACCUUUGUGAAGUUAUAACUAUUUAGGACAAGAAUAAAUGGUCACCAUUCAAUUGGUAUCUUCGGCUGGGGUGUCUUAUUUCGGUGCACUGUAUAAUUUAAUCUUUCCAUUGAAAAACCACUUCUUGAGAAGCUUAUGCAAUGGUUGAAGUUUUGAUGGGUUGAUGGAGAUGUUGGUAAGGAUGAACAAGUUACUUAUGGUUUUCCUCAUUGCGAACCAUAUCUUCAGGAUUUUUGUAUUCUAUUGUCCCUUGUGCUGGAACUUUACAAUUAUGAUGUUAGCUGAAUUAAUGUGCAAAUGACUGGUAAUGGCUUGGAAUGGUUUUUGUUUAUUUUUUAUUUAUUUCUUUUUUUGAAAUUUGUGUUUUGGUUAUCACAGAAUGACAGCCAAAUGAUUUUGAUUCUGAAGCUUUCUCCAGCUUGUCGCCUUCUUAAGUCUAUUAAUUUCGACUACUGGAAUCAUACCUGUUCUCAUCCAGAUCGAUACAGGUUUAGUACAUGUUGUGUAGCAAUACAUGGUUUUGGGUGGCAUGAUGGGUGGUAAGUAGUAGAUACCUAGAUCCAUGGAUGAAACCAUCCCUCAUCCACUGAAUACAGUAGCGGAGAAACCUUAGCUUAUCAGUUUUUUCUAUUUAACAUUGUUUCCUGCUGCUUUGAAUCUGUUUUAUCAUGCUAGAGUAGACUAUUGGGUUUGCUUGAUAUUUAGCUUCUUCCAAUUUUUUUGGAUGGAAUUCAUUUGUUACUGUCAACCAUAGAGCAGUUAUGUCAUUCUUGUCAACAGUUGCUGUAGCCCAAGUGUUUCUUGUUGUCAUACCUGCAUCUUUUUUCUUCUUUCUGGUAUCACUCUUGAGUCUAAAUUCUCUGCUUAGUCCAAGCUCUUAUGGGUUCUGUUCAUGAUUCCUGCCUCUAGAGGCCAAUGGUUUCGUCUUUUCUUUUUCUUGAUUGAUUAUCUUCAGUUUUAAGGAUGGAUAACAGAAGACUGUAAGCUUAUUGUAUAGUUGUAAGCUUUCAUUACUCGCUUUGACAGCUGCACAUGCUAUUGUAUUGUGUGGAUUGUGCAUCUGGAUUUGAUUGCAAAAGCAAGUGAUGUAUCAUAUUGUUUCUCUCUUUCCUAAAUUUAGUUUGUGCAGCUCCACCAUCCUUGUGGUGACAGGCAUUCAUGGUCCUCUUUUGGAUGCACUGUUUGAAAAUUUAGCGGUAUUUUUUUUUCCAUUUACUGAUGGUUAUUUGUAUUUGUGCAUGAUAGACUGAUCAAGGAUUUAUUUCUUUUUUUUUCCGCUUGACUUAUCCCCUGUAAGUUUGUGACUAAAAUGGUAGUCAGUAAAUUUUGUUGACCUUGCCCUUUGUAAUUGUAAUUAUCCAAGUACAUGUUAUGUUCCGAUCAA